AUGGUCGACGACGUGCAGGCGCCGCUGCGGCCGCUGCAGUUCGCGCGCGUGCGCGAGCUCGACUGCCUGACGGCGCGGCUCGUCUCGCUGUGCUGGAACCACAGCGACGCGCACGGCUCGUGCGUGCAGGCGCCGCGCGCGGUGCUCGACCUCCUCCGCCCGGGCGCCGCCGAGCCUGAGGUGCUGUACCACCUCAAGUGCUGGUCCAAGUGGGCGCUGCUCCACGCGGCGCUGGAGGAGGCGCGCGUGGCGCUGUACGUCGACGCCGACGUGCUGCUGCUGCGCAACCCGUUCGCCGCGCCCGCCGGCGGCGCCCACCCGAUCGAGCGGCUGCCGCGGCCCGCCUUCGCCGGCAACUGCUGGUUCGGCCCGCCGGAGAACCCGCCGUGGUGCGACGUCUUCCUCUUCCACGCGCACUGCACGCCGCCGGGCGUGGCCGCGAAGCGGGCGCGCAUGCUGGAGAAAAAAGAAUAG